AAGAAUCAUAUAGUCGGGGAGUGAGAGAUGGAAGGUAUGACGGAAGAAGAAAUCUCAUUGAGGGUUACCCAUCGGGCGAAGAAGAGGACAGCUGACGCAAUGGUCGGAGAUGAUUCUGAUCUGCAAUCCCCCGACAAGAAGAGAAACACCCACAUUGAGAUUUCUAAUAUGAGCAUUCCUUCGACUAAGGAUCUGGAUACGGAGAUUCCAAAGCUAAAAUGCAGAACGAAGGGCGGAUACAUUGAAGCGAAGUUUGAUGAUUCUAAUAUCUGCAAUGGUUAUGCAGAUGAUAUCUACGAUUAUCAUCAUAACAUGGAGGUUAAGGCAAAGAGAAGGCCAUUGCAAGAUUAUAUGGAGAAGAUACAAACAGAUGUGACUGCAAACAUGAGAGGGAUUUUGGUGGAUUGGUUGGUUGAGGUGGCAGGAGAAUACAAGAUUCAAUCUGACACACUUUUUCUGACAGUCAGUUACAUUGACAGAUUCUUGUCUAUUAAUCAUAUCAAUAGGCAGAGGCUACAGUUGCUUGGUGUUUCUUCUAUGCUCAUUGCAUCAAAGUUUGAAGAGUCUGAUCCUCCAUCAGUUGAUGACAUGUGUUACAUCUCAGACUUCACUUGCACAAAUGAAGAUGUGGUGAAGAUGGAAGCGGAUAUUCUCAAGUCACUUAAAUUUGAAGUGAGCAAUCCAACCAUUCUGACAUUCUUGAGAAGAUUCGCCAGGAUUUCUGAAGAGAAAUAUUGCAAAUAUCCAAAUUCAAAGUUUGAGUUAUUGGGAUGCUACUUGGCAGAGUUGAGCUUAUUGGACUACUGUUGUUUGAAGUUUUUACCAUCAAUGAUUGCUUCUUCUGUUGUAUUCCUUUCGAGGUUUAUAACCCAUCCUGAUAAACAUCCAUGGAAUUCAAACCUUGAAGUGUAUUCAGGAUACAAAGCUUUUGAUUUAAAAGAAUGUGUUGUCCUUAUCCACGAGUUGCACUUAGGUAAAAGAGGAGGCUCUUAUGUAGCAAUAAGAGAUAAAUACUUGCAGCAUAAGUUCAAAUAUGUUGGGUUGAGGAAGGGCCCGGUUGAAAUACCCAGUUUAUACUUCGUAGAAAUGGGGGUGGGUGAAGGUUUUUGA